AUGAGCUGGGUCUGGAUGGAGUUGCUGGACAAGGAAUCGACGCGGUACAUGAUGCAAAAUGUCGACAAGUGGAAGGCUUCGAAUUCUGAAAUAACAUUCAUGGGAUGGUACGACGUUCGUGCUAGUGCUUCCGAAGCUGGUACGUGUUUCAUGGAUGCGCUCCGCUGCGCGCUGUACCAUCUUGGUCGGCCUAAUCUAGUUACCAUGGCGAUGUGGGAUGAGUAUGAAAAAACUCGUCCCGAGGCGAUUGCGUUUGGCGUAUCUCGCGAAGACGUCACGGAGUUCUGGAAAACGCUUCAGCGCCAAAGUCGCAGGCCAGGAUGA